AUGUCCAACUCAAGAGGGAAGUGCAAAGCCAUCACACUUAGAAGCAGAAAGGUUGUAGAAGAAGCAACCCCGAGCCAGGAUAACCAUGAAGAAGAGGCUGCAGAGAAGCAUGGAAACAAUAAUAAAGAAGAGAUCCCUGCCCCAUCCUCACCAAAGCCAAUCUUGAAGCCUUAUGUGCCAAAGGCACCAUAUCCUCAGAGGUUGAGGAAAGAUGGGAAGGAUAGCCAGUUCUCUAGCAUUGGAGAAAAUGCCCCUCUACGCAAAGUUCCUGAAGGAGCUCAUGACAAGAAAAAAAACUGGGGAGAAAAGGAGACUGUAGUCCUAACUGAGGAAUGUAGUGCCAUCAUACAAAAGAAACUUCCCCAAAAAAUGAAGGACCCAGGGAGUUUCCAAAUCCCAUGUAUCAUAGGGGAUAUCAUUAUUGAAAAGGCUUUGUGUGACUUGAGAGCUAGCAUCAAUCUCAUGUCCUUGAACAUGAUGAGAAGGAUGAGAAUUGAGGAAGCCAAACCAACAAGAAUGGCACUGCAACUAGCUGACAAAACAUUCAAGUUUCCACAUGGAGUUGUGGAAGAUUUAUUGGUGAAGGUGGGAGAAUUUAUCUUUCCAGCUGACUUUGUUGUGCUGGAUAUGGAAGAAGAGGCAAACACUUCAAUUAUCCUAGGAAGGCCAUUCGCAGCUACUGCUAGAGCCAUCAUUGAUGUGCAAAAAAGAUAA